AUGGCUGGCACCCAGGUUGCAAGUGGUCAGGGAGCUGCUCAUGUGCAGCGAAUUACCCAGCUGCCUCCUAUGAUUUGGAUUCCUCCGCCCACCAGCCCUCCACCUGGCCUGUCCACCCAAACCAGUCAUGACCAGGGCCAGCAGUCUCCACCAUAUGGCGCGGGUUCUGCGCAUGUCACUGCUUUUGGCGCUCCGUUUGUUACUCACGGACCGCCUGGUCUUGCAUACGUUCAACCUCCUGCUGUGUCGUCGGCCCCUCUUUGGCAGACGUCGGACAAUAAUCAUGUUGGAAGCGUUUCCUCUGCUGGCAUGGCCCAGCCCAAUGCUUACCAGUUUCCUGCCCAUUCUUGGCAGUAUCCGCAUGCUACUUCUGUUGGAGGCUUUCCUACUGCUGGCAUGCCCUAUGGUCAGCAAUAUCCUCCCCCUCCCGGGCUGCAACUGGAUGCUGCUUCCACUGGAGGCUUCCCUCAGUCCUAUGCUCAGCAGUAUCCUCCUCCUCCCGGGCUGCAUCUGAAUGCUAGUUCCACUGGAAGCCUUCCUACUGCUGGCACGCAACAACCUGCUGCUCGCGUGUUCUCGGUCACCCCUCCGUGGCGCCGUCAGGAUGAUGGAGAGUUUCCGUCUGCUGGUAUUCAGGAGCCUCAUGUUCAGCAACAUCCUGCCCUUCCCGGACCGCAUCUGAAUGCUAGUUCCACUGGAAGCCUUCCUACUGCUGGUACCGAGCAACCUAUUGCUCGCCAGUUUUCUGUCACCCCUCCGUGGCGCCGUGAGAAUGAUGGAAGGUUUCCCUCUGGUGGUAUUCAGCAGCUUCACGCCCAGCAAUAUUCUGCUCGUCCGCAACAACUGAACGCCAGUUCCACUGGAGACCUUCCUGCCACUAGCAGCCCACAGCCAGCUGCUCACCAAUUCCCUGUCACCCCUCCCUGGCGCCGUCGCCAGGUUAUGCCUGCUCGCCAGGUUAUGCCCGCUCGCCAGCAGAUUAACGAUGGCAGUCUGCAGCACCCCAGACCCGUCAGACCCGCCCUUCGGUUCGCUGGCAUUCCGACACCUCAGGAUUCUGCGCACGAGCCUCUGAAGCGCACAUACCGGUCCCGAUCAAACAGCCGCGCAGCCAAGGGCAAGGACGCCGGUCAAGAAUCUGCGGGACCAAGCACUGCCCCUCACCCGAAGAGAGCCCGGCGCGCUGCACCUCGUUCUGACGCCACUACUGUGGCCCGAGCCCCGUUGGUGCCUACUUCGAUCCCUGCCACCAAUGCAAACACCGCCAGCCAAGAGCAAAACGCGGCUGCCGCGGAAGAGCCCACUGCCACUAACGAUGGUUCUUCCGUAGAGAAGGAGAUGUAA